CCACUAAAAGCACCGCGAAGGCGGCCAGCCGGAUCCUUGAAGUCCGCAUGCUGCUCAGAGGUGUAGGAGCUCGCUCCGAGGCCACUUAAACGCGUCCUCGAUGCCUGCAAGGGCGGGGCUCGCUUGUGACGUCACUAUUAGAUUAUGCGUGGGCCCUUUAAAUAUGUAGCCUGGUUUGAGUACUACCGUCUACGUCAUCACAAGUCCCAAAACAAACAUGGCGCCGUCCGGCUCCAGCCAACCCCUUCCCAUUCGGACUGUUUUUGCGUUUAUUGCGCUACUCUUGGCGGUGAUUUGGGGCGCCGGGUCAGGCGUUUGGUGGCCUCUGGUGUCGGUGACGGUCGUGGGACUCUUGGCCGCGCUGUGUUGGAAAUUGCGGCGGCGGGACGGCGACACCGAGCGACGGGUGUGUGUGCUGGUGCUCGGGGACAUCGGUCGGAGUCCCCGCAUGCAGUAUCACUCGCUUUCCCUCAGUAAACAUGGAUAUGAAGUCAUACUUGUUGGAUAUUUAGACAGCAAACCUCAUCGAGAUGUUUUGGAGGAGGACAGGAUUCACAUCGUUCCGAUUGCGGAAGUAAAAGGCAUCACGGGUGGCCCCAAAAUUUUGACGUACGUGACCAAAGUGACCGUUCAGUUUGCGCAGGUUCUUGCGGUACUUCUGUUGCUCAAACCCCAUGCUAACAUCCUCAUGCAGAAUCCUCCAGGUUUGCCACUGAUGGCGUCAGCGUGGCUGGCAUGUGUCCUCCGUGGCGCCCGCUUGCUCAUCGACUGGCACAACUAUGGCUACACCAUCAUGGCGCUAAGUCUUGGCCACGCCCACCCGCUGGUGCGCAUGGCAAAAUGUUACGAGCACAUAUUCGGACCUCUGGCGUCGCAGCACUUGUGUGUGACCAAAGCCAUGAAGGAAGAUCUGCACCAGAACUGGGGCAUCAAGGCGACCACUCUUUACGACAGACCGGCGGCCAUCUUCAGGGAGACGCCACUGGAGGCACGCCACAAACUGUUUGGGAGGCUUUCACGAGUGCUUCCCGCUUUUCGACAUCACUGUAAUGGUGACGACAACGAUGAUAAAGCCAUAGAGAAGACUGUCUUCUCAGAGCGAGAUCUCAAGAACGACACUGUGACUUUGAGGCACGAUCGCCCCGCCCUGCUCAUCAGCAGCACAAGUUGGACAGAGGACGAAGACUUCUCCAUCCUUCUGCAGGCUCUUCAAGAAUACGAAGAUUUCAUCUCAGCGGGGCAAAACCUACCGUCACUCAUCUGCGUCAUCACGGGGAAAGGUCCUCAGAAGGAGCGCUACAUGAAAACGAUUGGCAGUCUGCAUUUGGAGCAUGUGAAGAUCUGCACACCUUGGUUGGAGGCGGAAGACUAUCCUGUUUUGUUAGGUUGUGCUGAUCUCGGCGUGUGUCUGCACAAGUCCUCCAGUGGUCUGGACCUGCCAAUGAAGGUGGUGGACAUGUUUGGAUGCUGUCUGCCUGUAUGCGCGGUUCAGUUUUUGUGCCUGGAGGAGCUAGUGAAGCACGACCACAACGGUCUGAUCUUCUCCGACAGCCGGGAGUUGGCCCGACAGCUCAAGACUCUUCUAUCAGACUUUCCCAGCAGUGACAGCAAACUGGCCACGUUCAGGAGGAACCUUCGCGCCAGCAGGGAGCAGCGCUGGGAUGACAACUGGGACCAACAUGUCCUCCCGCUCUUUAACUCUUAUUGAACAUUCCCAAUGAACGGACACUUUUGUAAAUAUUAAAAUAAACUUUAUUGAGACGCAAACAAUUGAACAAGCUCUAUUUCACAUUGUCUGUUGUACUCAAAGACAUGAUUGAUGGCUCCGCGCAUCACUUGAUGGCCAAUCCCGGCGUCACCUGUCAAUCAUAUAAAAUCAGACUCCGCC